AAGAAAAGAAAAGAAACACAAGGCAAAACUAAAACAAAGUGAGAUUCACAAGCUCAAAUUUUGAAAAACGUGUGCGUGGACGGUGAGAUCCAUAAACACCCACUUUUUGCUUUUCUCAUCAUUGAUAUAAUUCACACAUUUUCUUCCACUAUUUUUAUAUAAAGGCAAGAGAUUCCCUUUGCUGUUCAUAGCCAACAACAACAACACAAACCAACUUUCUCUCACUGUUGCAACAAAAAAAGCUGAAAGGCAAAGCAAACUGUAGAUUGUAGAAAGAGAGCUUUUUCUUUUUAUUUUUGAGAGAGAGAGAUAGAGAGAGUCACAUAAAAACUACUGUGUUUUUGUUGUGAAGAAAACAAGAUGGCAAUGGGAAAAGAAAUCAUGGGUUGUUCUAUAAUUGAGAGGUCUUCAUUUGUUUCAUCAACAAAAGUGUUUUUGAAUCAUGGUAAGAACAACAACAACAACAUGUUCUUGGUUAAACCUUUGCAGAAAAGGAGGGUAUUGGUGCCUUUGAGGAAGGUUGUGAAGCAUCCUGUGGUGGCUGCUGUGAGUGAAGAUUUGGUCAAAGCUGUGCCUUUUGUGUCUGUGCCUGCAGAGAAAGCAGAGAAGUUCAAGGUGAGAGCUGUGGUCACAGUGAAGAAUAAGAACAAGGAGGAGUUUAAAGAUAAAAUUGCGAAGCAUUUGGAUGCUUUCACUGACAAGAUUGGAAGGAAUAUUGUUCUGCAACUUGUCAGCACAGAAAUUGAUCCAAAAACUAAGGCUCCAAAGAAAAGCAAUGAGGCUGUGUUAAAAGACUGGUCAAAGAAAUCAAAUGUCAAAGCUGAAAGGGUCAAUUACAUAGCUGAGUUUAUGGUGAACUCUAAUUUUGGUGUGCCUGGAGCAAUCACAGUGAGCAACAAGCAUCAGAUGGAGUUUUUUUUGGAGACUAUAACCAUUGAAGGAUUUGCAUGUGGUCCAGUCCACUUCCCCUGCAAUUCAUGGGUGCAAUCCAGCAAAGACCAUUCAGGAAAGAGGAUAUUCUUCACAAAUAAGCCAUAUCUACCAAAUGAAACGCCUGUUGGGCUUAGAUCAUUAAGAGAGAAAGAACUUAAAGAAAUAAGGGGAGAUGGCACAGGAGUCAGAAAAUUAUCUGACCGCAUAUAUGACUUUGAUGUGUACAAUGAUUUGGGCAAUCCAGAUAAGGGAAUUGAUCUUGCUAGGCCAAAACUUGGAGGUGAAAAAAUUCCAUAUCCUAGACGGUGUCGCACUGGCCGCCUUCCUACUGAUACUGAUUUGCAUGCAGAGAGUAGGGUUGAGAAGCCAUUGCCAAUGUACGUGCCUAGAGAUGAACAUUUUGAGGAGUCAAAGCAGGACACAUUUUCUGCAGGGAGGCUUAAAGGAGUGCUUCACAACUUAAUCCCAUCCUUGAAGGCCAGCAUUUCAGCUAAUAACCAUGAGUUCAAAGGAUUUUCAGACAUUGAAAACCUCUAUAGUGAAGGUGUCCUCCUUAAAUUAGGGUUGCAAGAUGAACUCCUAAAGAAGCUUCCAUUGCCAAAGGUUGUCAGCAAUAUCCACGAAUCCAAUCGGGGAAUUAUUAAAUAUGACACCCCUAAAAUACUUUCAAAGGACAGGUUUGCAUGGUUGCGAGAUGAUGAAUUUGCCCGUCAAGCAAUUGCAGGAAUAAAUCCAGUUAGUAUUGAGAGGCUGACGGUGUUCCCUCCAGUGAGCAAGCUUGAUCCUGAAAUCUAUGGUCCCCAGGAGUCUGCACUCAAAGAAGAACACAUUUUGGGCCAUCUCAAUGGCAUGACUGUACAACAGGCAUUGGAGGAAAAUAAACUGUUUAUAUUGGAUCACCAUGAUGCUUACCUUCCAUUUCUCGAUCGGAUUAAUGCCCUUGAUGGCAGAAAAGCUUAUGCAACUCGUACCAUAUUUUUCUUGACCUAUCUUGGGACUCUUAAGCCUGUGGCUAUAGAACUUUCCCUUCCACCAUCAGGACCAAGUUCUCGGUCCAAACGCGUAGUCACACCAGCUGUUGAUGCUACUACCAAUUGGAUGUGGCAGCUUGCCAAGGCUCAUGUGUGCUCCAAUGAUGCAGGGGUGCACCAACUUGUUAACCAUUGGUUGCGUACACAUGCGAGCUUGGAACCAUUUAUACUAGCUGCACAUAGGCGAAUGAGUGCAAUGCACCCUAUAUUCAAGCUUUUAGACCCUCACAUGAGAUACACGUUGGAGAUCAAUGCCUUGGCCCGCCAAAGUCUAAUAAAUGCUGAUGGUGUUAUUGAGUCUUGCUUCACUCCUGGUCGCUAUGCCAUGGAGAUUAGUGCUGCUGCAUAUAAAAGCUCUUGGAGAUUUGACAUGGAAAGCCUUCCUGCUGAUCUCAUUCGCAGGGGUAUGGCAGUACCUGACCCAACACAACCUCAUGGUCUAAAGCUCCUAAUUGAAGACUACCCAUAUGCCACUGAUGGGCUCCAAAUCUGGGCUGCAAUUGAGAACUGGGUCCGGACCUAUGUGAACCGCUACUAUCCAAAUUCAAGCCAAAUUUGCAAUGACAGAGAGCUACAAGCUUGGUACGAUGAGUCCGUUAAAGUGGGUCACAGUGAUCUAAGCCAGGAAAGCUGGUGGCCCACAUUGGAUAAUGUUGAUAAUCUAGUCUCAGUCCUCACAACCCUUAUUUGGCUAGCUUCAGCACAACAUGCUGCACUUAAUUUUGGUCAGUACCCAUAUGGUGGAUAUGUACCAAACCGUCCACCCCUAAUGAGAAGAUUGAUACCUGAUGAAAAUGACCCUGAGUAUGCUAUUUUCCUAGCUGACCCACAAAAGUAUUUCCUCUCAGCAUUGCCUGGUGUAUUACAAUCUACAAAGUUCAUGGCUGUGGUUGAUACACUUUCAACACACUCCCCUGAUGAAGAGUACCUAGGGGAGAGAACACAACCAUCAAUUUGGACUGGUGACACUGAAAUUGUCGAUGCAUUUUACGAGUUCUCCGCUGAGAUUAGACGGAUAGAGAAGGAGAUUGAUAGGAAAAACCUCGAUACAAGCUUGAGGAAUCGAUGUGGGGCUGGUGUGUUACCAUAUGAGCUACUUGCACCUAGCUCAGGACCUGGUGUAACAUGUAGAGGGGUACCAAAUAGUGUGUCAAUAUGAAGGAAAUUUAGACUCACUUUAGUUGGUCACAUUUUUCAACAUAGGUAUAUAAUAGUGUGUUAGAUCUUUGAGUUGCACAUGACUGUGUCUAGAUACAAGUCUUUGCACGUACCAUCUCAUGUGCACUUUGUAGUCUCUGAUAACUUAUAUGCUAUAAAGCUCAUUGGUUAAAUAAAUAAAGUUCAUUUUAUUUUAAGGAUUGGAAA